AUGAAAUUGCAUGCAGAAUUUAAACAAGACAGUAUAGAUGAUUUUUUACAUGUUUUAAAGGGACUUAAAGAAUUUUCUUCUUAUGCGAUUGAAAAUUCUUUUCUUUGUUUUAAAUUUUCAGAAAAAUAUUUAUAUAUUUUUGGUAAUGAAAAGAAGCAUGUGGAAAUUUUUAUAACAAUUACUAUGAAUGAUUUAUUUUACGAAAAUUUUAUUUUGAAAAGUAAUUCUAACAAUGAAAUAAUUAUAUUAGUUUAUAUUUUUCAAAUAUAUGAUAUUUUUAAGAAUAUUUCUAAAAAUACAAAGAUUACUAUUGAUUUAUUUGAAAAAAAUGGAAUAUGUAUCUUGUUAUUUAAACAUCACUGUAAUGUAACAGAUGCUUUUAAGAAAUAUGAAUGCGGUAUAGAAAUUAUUAAUCCAUCUAUAACUAAAUUUCCAAACAUAAAAAUGAAUAAACAUUCAUUAUGUGUAAAUUGUAAAUUGAAAAAGUGUUGUAAAAUUUUAAACACUUAUUCUAAAUUUCAUUCUGAUAUAAUUGAAUUAAACUUUCAAGUUAAUAACAAAAAUUGUGAUAUUAUUUUUUUAAUGGAUUCUAUAACAAUAAAAAAUAUAACCACUCUAAAAAAUAAUUAUGUUUUAAAAAAUAUUUUAGACAAAAAAAAUAUAAGUGAGUCUAAAGAAGAUAGUAAAAAUGAUUUAAAAAAAGUUAUAUAUAUAAAAACAUUAACAAAAGCAUUAAAUAUUUUAAAUGAAUGUAGAAAUAAUAAAGAUGAUAUUGGUAUAUUUAAAAUUACAGUGCCAUAUAAUAAAUGUUGGUUCGCUCUAAAAUUAGGUCAAUUUGAAUCAUCAGGUAAUUGGAAAGUAGUUAUUGUAAUUACUGAUCUUAAUUUAAAUAUAUAA